UCUCUCUGCCACUUCAUAACAAAAUAACUUGCCUUCAGGAACGUUCUAGACCACAGAGGUUUCUCUUGUCUUCUGUGGAGAGCUUGUUUUCAUUUCUUCAUUCGCAUCCGAGGAACAAGCUUUCCGCAGUUCAACUCAAUCACCCAUGGCUCGCUCUUUCACUAACGUUAAGGUUCUCUCUGCUCUUGUCGCCCACGGAUUCUCCAACACUGCCACCAGGCGUGGGUUUGCGGCGGCGGCGGCGGCGACACAAAGCGCAACCAGAGGAGGUGCCUCCAUCGGCGGCAAUAUGGUUCCGAAAUCAGGGGAAGAGAAGGUGAGAGGCGGUGAAAAGGUUUCGUGGGUCCCAGACCCUGUGACUGGUUACUACAGACCAGAGAACACGAACGAGAUUGAUGUUGCUGACCUGCGAGCCACUGUUUUGGGCAAAAAAUUCAACCAGUAAUUUCAACUUGAAGACAGAACCUCUUUGGUUACUUAUACGUUAGAUGUAUCUCGAAGUUCAUAGAAGCUUCGGGGAUUAUUAACUAUGAGGCAAUCUUCUGCAUCAGUUGUUGUAUUUCUCUCUACAGAAUUAAGACUUUGUUAGCGCCAUUGCAUCUCCAGUUGAGAACUCCUAACUAUGCUUUUGCUGUAUUCUCUUUGGAAAAUAACAGAGUUCUUUGUAACUUUCUAAGCAAACCUCAAUUCUUCUUUGUCCAA